AGUUGUAAGAGGUUCACUCCGCAGCUCUGUCCGGCCAGCGGCAGAGUGUGUGCCCUUAACUUCACCUAAAACUUUCUGGGAAACUUAGGCAACAGAAAGGAAAGAGAAGGGAAAACAAAACAGAAAGAAACGAAAAAAAAGAAAGAAAAAAACACUGACUGACAAAAGUGUCGUAACUCGCUUCACUCUUGUUUUAAUGAAACUACUUAUUAUUCAUGUCUUUGUAUUUUUAAACUGCCAUGCACCCUGAGAAGUUUUGAAUGAGCCGGGUGACGCGUGGGUUUUGACUUUGACUUUUUUUUACAUUUUUCUUUUCUUUUUUUUUUUACUCUGACGUGCGGAUAAAGUUCUUCUUCUUUCCCAAUUGAAACUCGUGAUGGCUGUCCUGUCACUAGCGUUUCUCCUUGCAGGAUUUGUUUUGACUUCAGCUGACAAGGCUGGCGAAGUUGAUCGCGAGGACCAGCUGCGGAGCCGCUUGAAGGAAUAUGGCCUGGUCACUCCGUUCAGCACCGACUCCCAUGGACACUACCUGUCACACUUGCUCUCGGCCACUCACAAGCAGCGCAUCAAGAGGGAGGUGUUUUCUUCUGGUGAAUAUGAGCAGAAACUUUUUUUCAACAUCACAGCAUUUGGUAAGGAGUUCCACCUCCGCCUGCGGCCAAACAACAGACUGGUGGCCCCAGGUGCGAUGGUGGAAUGGCACGACGACGUUCAAGGAUCGGGGAACGGCACGGGCGGCGCGGGGGACGAUGCCGGCGCCAACCAGACUGAAGGAAGCAGCAUGAUGGAGAAGACACUGCGACGCGAACUGCUGAAGACGGACUGCACCUUUAUUGGGGACAUCUCGGACGUCCCCGGGGCCUCUGUUGCUAUUAACAACUGUGACGGCUUGGCUGGGAUGAUCCGGACCGACUCAGACGAGUACUUCAUUGAGCCGCUCGAGCGAGGCACUCAGGAGCUGGAGGACCAGGGCAGGGUCCAUGUGGUUUACCGCAGAUCGGCCGUGCUGCAGGCCCCCUCGGACAUUUCUGUGGACUACCAGCCGCACGAACCACAGUUGGACGUACCUGGGACCCUCAACACUGUCGCCCGGCAGGUCAACCAGACCAUACACCGCCGUCGCCGCCGCAGAGACGCCGGGGAAGAGGAUUUCAACAUCGAGAUCCUGCUCGGCGUCGAUGACUCGGUGGUGCGAUUUCAUGGCAAGGAGCAUGUGCAGAACUACUUACUCACUCUGAUGAAUAUAGUGAAUGAAAUUUACCACGACGAGUCACUGGGAGUGCACAUCAAUGUGGUCCUGGUGAGGAUGAUCAUGCUGGGUUACGCCAAGUCCAUCAGCCUCAUUGAAAGAGGCAACCCGUCACGGAGCCUGGAGAACGUGUGCCGCUGGGCGUUUGUGCAACAAAAAGGCGACCCUGAUCACGCCGAACACCAUGACCAUGCAAUUUUCCUCACUCGCCAAGGUUUCGGCCCCACAGGAAUGCAGGGUUACGCUCCAGUCACGGGAAUGUGUCACCCUGUGAGGAGCUGCACCCUCAACCAUGAAGAUGGCUUCUCUUCUGCCUUCGUUGUGGCUCAUGAGACCGGACACGUGUUGGGCAUGGAACAUGACGGCCAAGGCAACCGCUGCGGGGAUGAGACAGCGAUGGGAAGCGUGAUGGCUCCCCUGGUGCAGGCGGCCUUCCAUCGAUACCACUGGUCCAUGUGCAGCGGACAGGAGCUGAAGCGAUACAUCAAACAGUCUCCUGAUGAGUUCCUCAUAUCUGAACGGCAAACACUGGAACAUGCCGGUGACAUCAUCAAUAUCAUCAGUAAGCCUCCGAUGGGCAUUUGGACAGGCAUGCUAAACAACAAAGUGGGAAACUUCAAGUUCAUCUACGUGGACAUUUUAGUGGAGAAAGAAGAGGAGGAGAAGGAAGAAGAGGCUCCAAAGAUCAGACAACAGAAGAUCUGUAAAAAACCUCGACCUAAAACGCUGCUGGAGUUAUUGGAGCGACUGAACCUGGAGGAGUACGCCUCUGCCCUGCUGCUAAAUGGCUACCAGACAGUAGAAGACCUCAUGCAUCUGCAGGAGAAGCACCUGAUUGAGUUGAACGUCAAAGACCCUGAGCACAGACAGAAGCUGCUUGCUGCUGCUGAAUACCACUACACAGAGGGUGAUGAUGUCAGGGAUGAGGAGGAGAAGGAGGACAAACCCCACAGUCAACAGGAAGAAGACAGCGACUGUCCCAGAGACUCAGGCUGUUUCAUCCCAUCUGAAUGUUCAGACAGCAAAGAGGACGCUGAGCAUCUCGCAGAUGCUGGGGAUUUGUAAUCUGCUCCACCAUCAGACCUUUGUUGCUGUUUUUUUUCUUAUGACUGAGGGUUUUAACAUUAUCUCUUCAUUUUCUCAAAAAUGUCAUGUCAACACCCUUUGUUUCAACACGCCUGUAACAUAGAAGAGGAACAUACAACUAGCUCUCUUACCAUCAUCCUAUCCACUGUCAUUUUCUUGAGAUAAUAAUGAUACAUUUUUCUUUUAACCUAUGUUGUUGUUGAGGAAGUGACACUUCAUUGAUUUAUUGUCACUUUUAUUUAUUGCAUAUAAAAUCAUGUAUUGUUGUUUCAUACACUGCCUUUAUUUAUCAUUACUGUCAUUUUCACUUUCUUUCAUCACAUCCAGUAUCACUCUUUUUUCACCCAUGAGUGAAGUGAUUUGGAACGUUAAGGUUUUUUUGUGUGUUUUGAAAAAUGCAUAUUCAGAUUGUGUCUGUAAUGUAUUCUGUACAGAAAAAUAUGUACAUUAUUUUCUGAAUUGUGCGUGUGUGUGAGAGAGAGAGAGUGAAUAAGCCUGUGAGUGAAUGUCAACUUUCGUCUGUUUUCAUAAAUGUUUGUAAAUAAAAUUAAAGUAAUAAUA